AUGGCGACUAAAGAGGAAGAUAACAAUCUCGAAGCCCGUGUGUCGGGGGUCGAAGAGGUCAACUUUAAGCAUGAAACCGUUCGUAUCGAUCAUCAACUGGAGCACGAGCUCACGGUCAAGGACGUCUUUAAAAAGCACCCGGCCGUCGUUUGGUGGUCCUUUUUCUGGUCAAUGGCUGGUGUAGGCUGGGGCUUUGACGCGCAAGUCAACGGUGGUAUGCUCGGUGUUGCUUCCUUCCGACGCGACUUUGGAUAUAUUUACCAAGGCGAGGCAGUUUUACCCGCUGAUUGGCAAACUGCUUUUAACACGGUCUCAUCUGUCGGCCAGUUUUUUGGUGGCUUCUUGUGCUCGUGGAUGGCCGAUAAGAUUGGUAGAAAGUGGUCGCUCUUGUUCGGAAUUGCCAUCGUCACUGGCGGCAUUUUCGGUGAGAUGUUUUCAACGGCCAGGGCCGCCUUCGUUGUCUCCAAGCUCAUUCUUGGUUUGGGGCUUGGCUUUUACUUGACCUUGGCUCCCUUGGCCACCUCUGAGAGUGCGCCUGUGGUGUUCCGUGGUAUCUCAACUGCUGGUGUCCAGUUCGGUAUUGGCUCUGGCCAGCUCUUGUCCAACGCAGUCAUCAAAGGGUUUGGCGAGUGGGAUUCGCGAUGGGCAUACCGAGCCCCCUUUGCUAUCCAGCUGUUCUUUUGCGCUUUCCUUCUGGUCUUCCUCCCGUUCGCCCCAGAGACCCCCUGGUAUCUUGCCCGUGUCGGAAAGCGAGAGGAGGCCAGGAAAUCACUUCGCAAGCUUUACGGACGUGAUGUGGAUAUCGACGCCAAAUUAAUUACUCUCGAGGCCACAAUCGCAGAGGAAGAGGCCGCAAAGUCCGACCAAGGAUCCAUCAUCCAGUGCCUCCGAGGAACCGACCGCAUCCGAACUGGUAUCAGCACAGGCAUCUUUGCGUGCCAGCACUUUGUCGGCAUCAUCUUCGUUCUCGGAUACUCCUCCUACUUCUUCCAGUUGGCUGGUUUGCCUGUCGACAAGAGUUUUGACUUGGGCGUUGGUGUUACUGCCUGUGGUCUUUUGGGCAUCAUUUGCAGUUGGUUCAUCAUGAACUCAUACGGUCGUCGCAAUAUCUUCAUUGGCGGCAUGGUUGCCAUGACCUCUAUCCUGCUCCUUAUUGGUAUCCUCGAUUUCGUCCACACCGAUGGUGCCAAGUGGGCUCAGGCUGCUCUAACUGUCAUCUACGCCUUCUUUUACUUUGCCUCUCUGGGAGCCAUGGCCUUUGCCAUUCUGGGCGAAGCAAGCAGCACGUCUCUUCGCGCCCCAACCAUCGCUUUGGCCACUGCAACUCAGGCCGUCAUGGGUAUCAUCUUCAACUUUGCUAUCCCGUACAUGAUCAAUCCGGACGAAGGCAACCUCAGGGGCAAGGUCGGUUUCAUUUUUGGCGGGUUGGCUGCCAUUGCCACCGUAUGGAGUUUCUUCUACGUUCCCGAACUCAAGGGCCGUACUUUUGACGAGAUUGACCGCAUGUUCCAGGCCAAGGUGCCACCUCGAAAGAUGGGCUCUUAUGUUCUGGAUUCGUACUAG